AUCAGCGCCACUGCACAGGGCAGUGGAUGCCGCGCUGACUCUGGCCCUUCGCUACUGCACGGGCAGGUUGUGUGGUUUUUCUGCAUGCCGCCGCAGAUCGCGCGGAGUUGUCUCGCAAUCAGGAAUAAACCUGAUUGCUCGAGGUGUUUUUCCCUUCUUCCCUGUUUUCCCGAUUUGUGCAUUUAUCAAAAAUUACAUUUUUAAUAAAAGAUCGUUCUGGUCGUGGCCGCGUUGUGCACGGUUCUGUGUGGCAGUCGCAGGCCACUUUUAUGGUGGAGAUUUGCGGGUUCGAUCUCCGCAUCCCUUUAAUUUUUCAUAUCACGACCGCGCGAUAUCAACUGCGCGCACAGCCGAAUUCCCUGUACGGUCUACCGGAUUCCACGCCAACGCUACAGCGCAGUGUGGAGUAUAGCCGUAUCGAAAACCCGGAAACAUCAGCACCGUAUCCCGACGCAUCGCGAAGGACCGGAGCUGAUUUCUCCCCACUACCAGCCGAAACCUGUCUCCCUCAUAUAUCGGAGGAACGACCAGUUUCUGGGGGUUCUUCUGUGGAGGAGCAGAAAAGCGGAAACGAGAUCCUGCGUUCCAGACGACAGGCAGAAAGCAGCACACCGAACGCACCGCAUCGCACAACGUCACGUCGUGUCAGUGCAGUGAACACGCAGCAUUAUGCAUUCAUUUCAAAUCCUUCUUGCAUGCGUAAUUCUUCUGGGGUCUGCACCGAACAGCUUUGGGAUAGGCAGAGAUUGGCAUUUCCAAAAGGCAAUGACAUUUUCGCCGCUGCCCGAUUUCAGCACGGAACUGAUAACGCGCGAUCAAUGUGAGUUGCAGUUCACCGCCCACUGCGGAGUGCGCUUUAACAUUGGCAACUCCUUCGCGUGCGCCCAGAAACAGGGACUGGCCAUCAACUGCAGCAGUGAAGCCUCAAACGAGGAAGUACAGCAACUGGCGCUAGCGUUGUCCAAGCCGCCACUCAAGGCGGUCUUCGUCAGUCUGAAUGAUGGACCCCAAGUUGCCUUUGAGAACUUGGCGCCAGUGCGCGAACAGGCGGUGGUCUUCCAGCUGCACAACUGCUGUUCUCCGCGCGCCACCAAGAACCUGGCCCAACUGCGGCUGCCGCAUUUGCUGGAAUUCAGCGUGCAUCACUGCCGCGCCUUGGACGUCAGACGAGCCGACUUUUGGCAGUCCGCCAAACUCCGACUCAUCCAGUUCGCUAACUCCACGAUAGAAUCCCUCGAAGUUGGCACCUUUGCGGAUUUACCAGGAUUACGUCUGCUGUCGCUGGAGCGCGGAAUCCUUGAAAUGGAAAUUUUCCAGGCGGAUAUUUGGACCUAUUUAGUGAGAUUGCACUGCGGCUGCGAGUUUAAGCACUUCCGGCGCUGGUUUAGCAUCAGCGGACUAAAGCAGUAUGCGGAAGAGGGGGAAAUAUACCGCAUCGAGUACGACGCAUGGCGCAACGAGAACCUGGGAUUUAACGAUGUCUUUCUGCCCAUCGACUGUGCUGAAGCACCAUUUCCAAAGGGAGACGUUGUUAUGCAUACUAAUCUAUAUUCGUUUUCGGUUAACGAAGACCUUUACAAGGAAGAAUUCCCGGAGCGUUGUGAGAAUAACACGAAAACCAGCGACGAAUUUCCUACGUUUUCCAGCGAACCGAUGACUUUGAAUGAAUGCAGCGCACUGCGUGAGCUUACUCAGUGUACUUGGCUGCGACGGAAUUACCAGUACUGCGAGGAGCAUUGGCCUAGAGGGCGCAUUUACUCAAAUACUAGUUGCAGUACUUACGAUGAUUAUGUGCGGGAGAUACGUCAGCUAGCCGUGGCUAUGGCGCUGCAGCCGCCAAGACCAGCAACGUGGACCCAUAAGGGAUAUGUUCCCGUCGCACCCGCCGACGUGGCACCAAUUCGGCGGGACAUUAUUAGGUUCGACCUUAUCGGAUGCACGAACAAUCGCUCUACAGCAGCAGCCCGAGAUUUCCAGUUGACCAGUCUGCUGACCUUUGGAAUUUCGAAAUGCAGCGAUCUGGACGUGCAGCGAGACGACUUUCAGCGCCUUUCAUACCUGCGUAUGCUGGUGUUUUCCAACACUACGAUCCGCAGUCUUCAGGUUGACGCCUUCGGUUAUUUGCAAGCAUUGCGGUUGUUGACCCUGGAACACGCCAUCUAUUACACGGACCUAAAACCGACACUGGAUUUUGGACCGCGAAUUCGCAAUUAUUUGUGGCGAUUGCAUUGUGGCUGCGAUUUUGCCUGGUUCCGACAAUGGUGGAAUGACAACACGCUGCUCUUACACGACGGCAACAACGUUGAGGGCGAACUGUUCGCCGUUAGGGACUACGCAAAAAGCUACCCACUGACCCGGGAACGUAUUUUUCUGCCCAUCGACUGUUCCAGACCGAUUCCGCGGGGUGCACAAGGUGUCAAUCGUACCGAAACCGCAUUCUCUCGCAACGCGAAGUCUUGCGUUGCAAAAUAGCGAGUGGGGCAGCGUAUUUUUCCACCAAAAUCGAAAAUUUCGUUGUCGAAUAAUUUGUUCUUUCAUCAAGAAGAUCGUGGGAAUUGAUAGUGCCAGACUGCCAGUAACUGUAGGGAUAUUACUAUGCAGUUGUUAUGUGAAAAUGAAUAUAAUUAUUGCUUUUUCGGGUUUUCGGGACAUUCAUUAAAUUUUAAAAGAAACAUACAUACAAUAAAACUCAACGCCAAAGAUCCCGAAAGUAUUUUUCCAGAAUAGUUGAAGAUUUGAAGGUGGUCUCAUAAUUUUCUUGAAAUGCAAGAAUGUGGUUUCUCUCGAAACG